AUGCCGGGCUACCGCAUGGGUGUCAAAGACUUCUAUGGCAAGGGCAAGACGGUAGACACUUCAAAGAAGUUCACCGUGGUCACACAAUUUGUCGGUACCGGGGACGCUAUGGAGAUCAAGCGUUUCUAUGUCCAGAACGGCAAGACUAUUGCGCAGCCUGCAUCUACUAUUCCUGGCGUAGACGGGAACUCCAUCACAACAAAGUUUUGCGACGAACAGAAAGCUGCGUUCCACGAUACAUACACGUUCAAAGACAAGGGUGGUAUGGCGAACAUGGCAAAGGCUCUCGCAAACGGCAUGGUCCUCGUCAUGAGCCUGUGGGAUGACCAUUACAGCAACAUGCUUUGGCUUGACUCUACGUAUCCCACAGACAAGAAUCCAGACACGGAUCUAGGUACCGGCAGGGGAGAAUGCGAGACGACGAGCGGUGUGCCGGCAGACAUUGAGAGCCAACAUGCUGAUGCCACUGUUGUCUACAGCAACAUCAAGUUCGGGCCACUGAACUCGACCUUCGGUUGA